AUGGACUGCUCAGAUGCGUUAGGCCUCUCAACCAAUCAAAUCGCAGAUGACUCGUUAUCUGCCACCACCUGGCAGCCUGGCAGAAGUGAUCCUUGGUAUGGCCGGUUAAACAACCAAUCAAGACGCAGCUGGUGUGCAACUGUCGUUGAUGAUAUUCAGUAUUUUCAGAUUGAUUUGGGUCCCAAACUGAGAUUAAUAACUGCGGUGGCCAGCCAAGGAAGUCAUAACUAUGACGAAUGGGUGACUAGUUAUAAACUCUCCUACAGCACAGAUGGCGGGAAAUGGAAAGUCUUUGGAAAAGGCGACAUACCGGAGAUAUUUGAUGCAAAUAAAAAUCGCGGAACUGAAGUAAAGCACCAAAUAGAUCCGCCCAUCACAGCUGUGGCCUUACGCUUCCACCCAGUGACAUGGGAGGGUAAUAUGUGCAUGAGGGUAGAAGCAUUUGGAUGCGAUGGUGAGCUUACCACAUCUAUAUCACUUCUUCUUCAAAGCAUCAAACGAUAA